UGCCAUAAGGGACAGAAAACAACAGAGACGCUAAAGGAGUAGUUUUGUGUCUGAGCUGCAGCCAUGAGGAGACCAGACCAGCUGUAGGAGAAGUUUAUCAUCAUCUCUGCAUCUAACAGAAGUCAGGAGUCAUUAGGAAGACCUUUUUGUAUCAGCAGGGUUGGACUUGUGGAGAAAGUCUUCAGUGGCGCAUAUCAAGGAGAUAAACUACAUCAAUGAAGACACCUGGCAUGGCGGUGUUCAAGCAACAGAACGUGGAAGAGUUCUAUGAAAUUGGAGAAGAACUGGGAAGUGGGCAGUUUGCAAUCGUCAAACGCUGUAGAGAGAAGAGUACAGGCGUUGAAUAUGCAGCCAAGUUCAUCAAGAAGCGCCAGAGUCGGGCCAGCAGACGUGGUGUAAGAAGAGAGGAGAUUGAGAGGGAAGUGGACAUCCUGCAGCAGCUCCAGCACCCAAACAUUGUUGCGCUACAUGAUGUGUACGAGAACCGCACAGACGUGGUGCUUAUUCUCGAACUGGUGUCUGGAGGAGAGCUGUUCGAUUUCUUGGCUCAGAAGGAAUCUCUCAGUGAAGAGGAGGCCACUCAGUUUAUCAAACAGAUCCUAGAUGGAGUCCAGUACCUCCACUCCAAGAGGAUCACACAUUUUGAUCUGAAGCCUGAAAAUAUAAUGCUGCUGGAUAGAAAUGUUCCCUUACCCCGCAUCAAACUCAUAGACUUCGGACUGGCACACAAACUAGAAGCUGGGGCAGAUUUCAAAAACAUUUUUGGAACCCCUGAAUUUGUUGCUCCAGAGAUAGUCAACUAUGAGCAACUGGGAUUGGAGGCAGACAUGUGGAGCAUUGGAGUCAUCACAUAUAUACUUUUGAGCGGCGCGUCACCUUUCCUUGGUGACACGAAGCAGGAAACGCUGGGAAACAUCUCGGCAAUGAACUACGACUUCGACGAGGAGCUCUUCAGUAAUACGAGCGAGCUGGCAAAGAGCUUCAUCAGUCAGCUCCUGGAGAAGGACACGAGAAAACGAAUGACCAUACAAGAAGCCCUCAACCAUCAUUGGAUUAAGUCCUGUGGCCCCAUGGAAGAGGACAUCGCUACCCCUGAGGUGGAGAAGAAAGCGGAGCAGCUGAAGACGAAGCGUCUAAAGGAGUACACAAUCCAGUCCCACUCCAGCAUGCCCCAGAACAACACGUAUGCCAACUUUGAGCGUUUUGCCCAUGUAGUUGAGGACGUCAGUCUGAUGGAGACUGGGCUGUCAGAAGUGGCAGGAGCCCACCAAACUCUGCAGGGCGAUAUAGACGCACUGCUCUCCAUCUACAACGACAAGGAGGCCUGGUACAAGGAGGAGAGUGAGACUGCGAGGAAGCAGCUGUCCCAGGUCCGCUACGAGUUCCGUAAAGUGGAGGCCACAAGGAGGCUGCUGCAGGCAGACAUUAAGGCUAUAGAUGCCAGUCUGGAGAGCAUCAGUGGGAAGUACAGCCAGAGGCAGAGUAAGCUGGAUGCUCUGAGGCAGGAGCUCAACUCGGAGCUGCAGUGGCUGCAGGAGGUGAUGAGCUCUCUGCAUCCUGAAGGAGCCAACAGCAGCAUUCACAGCGGCAGUCUGAAUACGGAUGUGAAGCAGGCGCUGCUGGAGCUUCUGCAUCAGUCCUGCAGAAGGGAACUGUGUCCCGAGGCCAAACAGCCACUGACAGAGUCUGGCUAACGUACACCAAUGAAGGCGCACUUUUAUUGACCUUAAAAAGUUCUUGAAAAUGUGUUGGUUCAACGCACUGAAUUUAUUUUUAGCAACACAGAGUUUUGAAUGUAUAGCUGUGUAGUCUUUACAUUUUCUUGAUUUAAUUUUUUAUUUUUAGGAAUAGGAAUUUGGGGCAAUGCGCUUAUUCACAUUUUUGCUGAGAGGUCGAUGAGAAUAUGACACCACUUUUAUAUCUGUAGGGUAAAUACAAAGCUACAUUAGACACAUUUUGUUCCCUUUGGACAGAGCCAGGCUAACUAAUCUGGCUGCAGAUUCACAUUUAACAGACAGAUAUGAGAGAGGUGUCAGUCAUCUUAUCUAGUGCAAGAGAGCCAAUAAUAACAGACAGUCGUCACAGAUGUAUUUGUGCGCUGUUGUUGUUUGAUUAAGCGAGUUUGGUAGCUUUUUAUUUUGAGAAGUAAUGAUAAUGAAGAUAAAUAAUUAUUAUGAAUGUUUUUGCUGUGUUAUAGCCAGAAGUAAACACAGGAUCAAACAGCAUCAAUGGAAUGUAUCAGAGGUUCACCUUUUUUGAUUGAUUUAUUUUUCCAUUCCAUUAUAUUUUUUUAAACUGUAUAUUGAUGUUUGUUUUUACAAUGGUUAUCAAUUUGUAAAGUUACAUGUAUAGUCAUAAAUGAUUUUUUUCAUAGAUUCAAAUAUGCACUUUUACUAAAGGUUUAGUUUAUUUAUUUAUAUUUUUUUGAAUUUCUUUCUUGAAAAUGUUCUAUGAGCCAACAGGAAAAAACAUCUAUGAUAAGAUCAAAUGCGUUCAAAAAUGUGUCAACUCCUUAUCAGUGGUUUAAAGCAUCUCAACACAUACACACGCCCAUACACAUUUUGGUUUUGGCGUUGACGUGCACAAUGAUAUCUCUCACUGUUGUUUAAACAUUGAAAUAAAUAUUUAUCAUUUA